AUGGCUCCUCAAUCCAAGUCGAGUUUCACCAUCACCCAUCUCACCACCGCAACCGCGAUCCUCAACAUUGACGGAAUCAACUUUCUGACUGACCCUUACUUUGGCGCUGAGGAAGGUACAGCAUACGACGAAACUGCUGAAUUAAUCAAUGCAGACCUCUCUCCUUUGGGCCUCACCUCCCCUCCGCCUCCGCCUCAUCUCGUCAACCGAAAGGGCCCAUCUGUCCGACUGCACGACCUGCCCCCAAUCGACGCAGUGCUCCUCAGCCACGAAGACCAUAUCGAUAACCUCGACCCAGAGGGCCGCAAGCUGCUUGAUGGCCGCCGAGUCUUCACCACCAUGGACGGGGCAAAGAAUCUUUCUCCUCGUCCUGGAGUCAUCGGCCUUCGCCCAUGGCAAACUGUCACCUCCGUCAUUGGCGGCAAGGAGUUUCGUAUCACCGGUACGCCCUGCAAGCACUUUCCUGUUGGUGAGGUAACGGGUUUUGUUCUGGAAACGGAUUCGUUCGGCAAUAAUGCUGAAUCUGGGAAGCCUAAUGCGAUCUACUUCUCGGGAGACACCGUCUACAUUGACGAGUUACAAGAGAUCGGGAAGAGAUGGCAUAUCACGGCGUCCCUGUUCAAUCUAGGGAAUGCGACAUUUACCUUUCCAGUUGGGACCUUCCAGAUCACGAUGGAUGGGAAGCAGGCUGUUCGAUUGAUGCGGGACAUUGGGACUGAGGUCAUGAUUCCAAUUCACUUCGAGUCAUGGGACCACUUCCAGGAGGAUCGGGAGGGUCUGGAGAAGGUUUUUACUGAGGAGGGUGUUAUUGAUCAGAUUCGCUGGACUGAACCAGGUGUUCCGAAGAGGAUCUAUUAG